UUUUAUUCAAUAUCUGGUACCUUUAGGACUCCUUAAAUCGACUGGAAGAUGGCAGAAGCAGUAUUGAUUGAUCUGUUCAGUCUACAAAUGAACUCACAAAAUAAUGGCAUUCAGAAGUUAUUAUGUAGCACACUAGAAAGGAUUGAAAAAGGCUUCUCUGCCAGUGCUCCAUUUGUUUACAUAAUGUGCUACCAAACUCCAGGAAGUGAAAGGAGCAGUGAACAAGAUUCGCUAAAAUCUUCCUUGAUCCCAGGUCACAUCUUCCUACACGGGUUCACCACAAGGACAGGUGGGAUCUCUUAUAUACUAACGCUCAGCUCCUUAAACCUCUUCAGCAGUGCUAAGCGGAGAGAUCCAAAGGCUGUGGUUAAAGAAAACCUACGCAGGUUAGCUAAUACUGCAGGUUUUGACCCAGAGACAUUUCACCGUGUGAAGGUCAAUCAUGCCAGUGAUGUUUGGAUUAUGGGAAAGCCCCAGCCUGACAGCUAUGAUGCAAUAAUAAUGAAUCAGAAAGAUGUUACAAUAGCAGCUCCCAGCGCUGACUGCAUACCUGUGCUUUUUGCUGAUCCUGUCAAAAAAGCCUGUGGAGCUGCUCAUUCUGGAUGGAAAGGCACUUUGUUAGGAGUUGCUAUGGCUACAGUAAAUGCUAUGAUAACAGAAUAUGGCUGUAAUGUUAAGGAUAUACUUGUGGUGCUGGGCCCAUCUGUUGGACCGUGCUGUUUUACACUUCCUCAGGAAUCAGCAAAGGAAUUUUACAAUCUUGAUCCAAAAUGUGUCAGACAGUUUGAAUCUCCAACUCCCUAUGUUGAUAUUAGAAGGGCAACACGAAUUCUUCUAGAGACUGGAGGGAUUCUGCCUCAGAACAUACAGGAUGAUUCUGUCCCUGACCACAACCAAAGUCUCACUUUCUGCACAGCAUGCCACCCUGAUACAUUUUACUCUCACAGUCGCGAUGGCACUAACUUUGGCAUACAGUUUGGCUUCAUAUCGAUCAGAGACUGAGGUAGCGUCUCUUAUCCUUGGGUAGUAACCGGGCAAUAACUGUUAGCAUUGCCUGACAUCUUACUCUCCUGACAGUAGGCCUCUCCUCUUUCCUUCACCUGAUAAGUUCUAAGGAAGAAGUGGACUUAUCAUAGGGAUUUGUACCUGUUGGGAUGCCUUGUUCCCUGUGGGAGGCGAGACCAGCAGCAGCCAGGUAGACCUCGAUAAAGCUCAGAAACUUUCUUAUUCUCCAUACUGCUUGGUCUUAGUAGCCAAUGCUGUCUUACCAGCUUGAGCUUACUCUAGACACUAUCUUCUCUGCUUCAUCUAAACUCAAGAACCUAGUUACAUCACAAAGAUACCUGUUUUAACCGCCUUAUCUGUUCUGCUAGUAACUAACUAUGCACCCUUCUUAUGCUCCUACUGAAAAUGUGCCUCUGGACAUUCUGGUUUCACAAUAGACGUUAUUGAUCAUCAUAUACAAAUGAAAAGAGCCUCCCAGUACUGUAGUCAUUUAUCUGCCAGGUCCAUUACUAGGAGGACUGUAACCUGCAGCGUUCUCUGGCUUAAGUCUUGGGGGAAGUGUCUGGAAAAUAUUUUCUAUUUUUCAACCAACCCCUAUUUUUCAAGCCGUCCCUUGCAUCGUCCAGGAUAAAUUUUGCCCCCUAGGGGUCAGGGCUCACUCACUCGGCCUUUCCAUCUCUUUAGCCAGGAUAAUGCUUUGUCAGAGCAGAUCUGUGUAGCUGCAGUUUGGUGUUCCAAAGCUACUUUUAUAAGACACUGUAAAGUAGACACUUAUUAUGACUGUGCCAAUAGCUCUUCGGCCAAGUCAUUCUGGCAUCUGUGCUUGAAAAGUAAUCUGUUCUUCUUGUGGGGCUGCUAUUCAGUUCCUAGCAAAUUAGAGACUUUCCUUGUCCACUUGGAAAUAGAUUUUUUUUAAAAAUCUGUGUCUUUUUUUGUAAAUGGACUUUAUGGACAAGGUCAGUAUCUGCUGAAACUAUUCUUUAGCUAUAAUCUCGGCUUCUGGCUGUAGCUUUAGUGCUGUAACAUUUGCAGUUGGGAGGUUUAAGAUCAUUCUGCAGUUCCACCAGGUCGCUCAUGCCUGUUCAAGUGUGACAUUAGAGACUUACAUUGUCUGUUGGAAAAAUUACCAUUUAUAGGUAAGAAAGUUAUCCAAGUCACAGAACAAGUGCAAAAUGAACAGUUCCACUGAAAAUUUGCUCCCACUGAGCCUCACAAGCCAUUGUUACCAUCAUUGUUCAUUAGUUCUGUUACACUACAUUACUUAGACUAUAGUUCAGAGCAGGGACCAGCUUUUUUGCGUGUUUGUACAGCACCUAGCACAAUGGUGCUGCCACCAUACAAUAAAUAAAUAAUAAUUGAGAGAUCCCAGCCAAGUCAGCGUCCCAUUGCACUAGGCGCUAUAUAACAAAUUUAUUUACAUAUAAUCAAAUACAGGCCCUGCUCCAAAGGGAUUAUAAUCUUAGUUUAAAACAAGACAUAAAAGGUGCAGGGAGGACUGGAUAACAAUAGUCUGAGCAUGUACUUUCACAGCUGUGUGCACAGUUUGUAAGCUUAGAGUUUUUUGCUGCUGUUUGUAUUAAUAAGCAGAUCAGUAGUAGCAGCCGAGGCUCACAACCUCUAGGGGAACUUUUAACAUGUUUCAUAAAUUAUUCUGACAUACUUGUUUAAUGACCCUUCCCAUCCAUUAACUUCUAGUGUGAAUUUAUAACAUUUCUCUGAGCUAUUAUCAAGUUAGUAAAUGGUAUUAUUAAUUAUUACUGGGAUGGGCUGUGAGGAGAGUGUGAGUAUAUUAUCAUACUGAAUACUGUCUUCUGUAAAGAUACAGUAUAAUUAACAUUCAGUGCAGUUGUAAAUUAUGGACAGAGCUUUCAUUUGCAUUGAUAUAUUCCAAUUAUUGAACAGGCUUUAAGAAAUGAAUGAUCAAGUAUUAUAUUAGAACAGCGCUGCUUCAGCAUUGGGCAGUAACCUUCAGGUCUCUGAGGUGGGUGUGUCGAUUUUCCUGUGUGGUCUUCUGGUCAGAGCUCGAGAGGUGUAAUAAGCUCAAGUCCUCUGUGGAUUGAGCAGAGAGUAGCACAUGUAAUACGCACUGACAGGUGUAACGCACAUUGACAUAUGCACCAAAAAUUACAACCACUAAAAUGCCGGAAGGGUUUCACCUUUCCCAGACAGCACUGUAUUUCGCACAAUGGGUCAUUUCUCCCUUUAAUUUUUUUUCUUCUUGUGAUUAUCUUCUGCUUCUUUUUGUAUGGUGAAAUUCACAAAUGCCAAACAGGCCCCUGUAAAUGGAAUAAGAGAGCUUCAUAUGACUGUCCGGAGCAGGUGUUUAAGGAGACAGAAUCUACCCUGUGGGGAUGCAGUGCAGCCUUUGCACAGUCUGUCUUUCUAUGCAGCAGUUCUUAGACUGGAACCAUGUGUGGAGCUAUUUGUGCUCUCUCACACAUAGCCUCAGCAGUCCCCUCUAAAAUAGCAUAGUGCCAGCAUGGAGCCUACCUCCUGAGCACAGGAUCUUUGUAAGGGUCCACCAAGCCAUACCCCAUAUGAUGGUUUCACAAUGGUCCCACUUUAUCAGCCUAUAUAGCAAACAAGUCAACAUUCCUAGAUUCAGUCUAUGCUGUCCUCAUUUCACUUCAUGGAUCAGUUGCUGUUGAGUAGUGCAAUGAGAGAGAUGAACUGCAUUCACUUAUCCUGAGGCUGCGUGCAUUAGAAUCAUGUGUGCCCUGAUUUUGUCCUUUGAGUCCCAUAGUCCUUCAUGAACUUGGGUCUCUUGUGUGACAACGUAACAGUACGCUACAUUGAUGGCCUUCCUAAAUUCUACAUGUGACAGGAAAAAUAAUGUCUUGCUUUGCUGGAAGGGACACCUGCCUCCAAAGAAUCCUGGCAACCCAAGUGUAAUACAGUUUAACUGACUUCUUGUACUUUCCAUUUCCAGCAGACAUUUACCAGAGUUUUCCAAUGAGUGAAUAAUUUAGGCAUUCAUUUGAAGUAUUUAAUUUAAGAAUAAUUUUAGGCAUGUGUAUCAAAUACACUCAGGAUGUUAUAAAUUAUUAUACAGUACUGCACAUUUUUGUAACACUAAAAGGUUUCACUUGCUUGCUUUCCCUUUAAUAUGCAAUUUACAUUUCUUGGUGCUGCUAGAAAGCAUCAUUAUGUGUUUCCUAAUGUCACUCUGAGAAGAAUAGGGAGUUAGCCUUUAAAGUGAUCUUUCAUUACAAAAUGUUUAAUUUACAGUAGUAUCACGUGUUACAGAUAUUUUGCUGAAUCUAUUUGCGUGAGUUCUCUCCCUGUAAUCCAUUCAAAAGAGACCCCAAGAAGAAUUUCAGAGGCUUGAUCUAUCAAGAGCAAUGUGGCUGAAAUAUCUAUAUUCCACUUUUACAAAUGUGACAUCAUAUCUCUAAGGCAACCUGUAUUCUGGCAAUCAUGGGAACAAGGACACUGCAUGGAUUUCCAUUUGAUUCCUGCAACAUGAAAGAGAUCUGAGACAAAAUCAAUAUGGACUGUGCUAAACUAUUAGGAUUCAUUUUCACAAUUAAUUCUACCUAAGGGACUGUUUCCUUUAUUCUACUGCAAAUGUAAUUCAGAGCCAGUAAAUGUUGCAUGAGAUUGUUUUUCUAACAGUGUCAUCUCUACAUUUAGCAUAGGACUGAAUGACUAUAAUGACUUAUAAUCAUUUGACAUCCUUUAUUUUGAAAGUAGGGAACCUAACAUAGUACUUGAACAUGUCUCUUUUAUAAUGUGGGCACUAAGAAUUCUUUAUAUUUAAAUAUGCACAAUUUAUUUUUUCUCAUGUGAUAUAAUGCCUUUGGGCAGCGUUGCAAAAUUUUGCUUUGGUGUUUAGUUAAAACAAAUGUAAUACGUCAUUGCCAAUGGUACUAUAGAAACCUGAGAUAAGUGCUUCAGUGCUUCCCUUGGAGGCACUAAGCUCCAUCUUAACGGGACUCUCAUAGAUGUUGUCAUCACUGUGUAAUGAAAAUAUUUUGUUGUUUUUAUCUGAAAGACCCUGGGCCUGAUUCCCCUAAACUGAUAUAAAUCACAAGUAACUCAGUUAAAGUCAACAUUGUAAAACCCAGUGUGAUGGGAGAAUCAGGCCUCAUGAAUGUUUUUAGUUACAA